AUGAAGUUUCUCGCCAUCACCCUCGCGGCCGUCCUCCCUGCCGUGCUCGCCCAGAACAUGACCGAUAUACCUCCUGCAACCGGCGUCUCUGCUGCCCCCUCUCAGGUCACCGACCCUACCACCCUCUGCCACGCCCACGGAGACCACUGGCACUGCCCCUCGGGCGUGCCUGAGCCAACCACUCCUCCAGCCCCCGAGACCGAUGACCACGAUGACCACGACCACACCGCCACCGGCAGCGAGGACCCUGGCCCAAGCCCAACCGAGAGCGUAGGCUGCGAGCCGCACGGCGACCACUGGCACUGUGACGGUCCACGCUCCACCGGAGCUGUCGCGACGCCAACCACUGGUGAGAGUGCGCCCGCGAGCACGGCUGCUGGUGCCACGAUGGGUGUGUACGGCGGCUUGGUCGCUGGUGCUCUUGCGGCUGGUGCGUUUGUCUUGUAG